AUGGGGCGUAAGGCCAAAGCGGCGAGUAGCGCCAAAGCCCUUGAGGUCUGUGGCGACACAAGUCGUUUGGGUGUCUCUGCAGCAGAUGUCUUCGCGCAGUUCAAUGCGCCCAUCAACUCUUAUUCUGAAGAGCCACAGAGCGUGGCGCUGGACGAUGUUGAGGCUGGGCGGCUGGGAGAAGUGACAGCAGGAUGUGUCUUUGGCUUUGCAGGCCUUGCAGAAAAAGGAUCCUACCACACGGCUGCGCAACGUGCAAGAACUGCACCAGCUGCUGUCCACACGGUCCACCCAGAAGUUAAUCGACAUCUGCGUGUGGAUCCCUAG